AUGGCGCUGCUCCAGCCUCGCCCCGGGCUCCAGCAGCGCGCCCCCAGCUGGCCGCCCCUUUCCACUGCGCCCCGGGAUUGUGAUGCGGGCUGUGAGCAGUGCCAGCAAGGACGCCUCAUAGCCGACCGUGUCUGCGCCCGUGCCUGCCGCGGGUGCUGGGACCCCGAGUCAGCCGCUAUCCCUGUCCUCCAGGAGCUCACGUGUCUGGCUGUGAGCUCCCCGAGGGCAGAGCCCGCGUCUGUCUCCAUGCAGCGCCCAACCCGGAGAGGCGGCUGCCCCCGCAGAAGUCGGCCUCAUUCUCUGCUCGAGGUGACCAGCUCAGGGCGUGUUGGGGACAGGCCCUGCUCAGCUAUCUGGCCAGCAGCGGCUUGUGCGAUCAGGGCAGAGAGCCGUGAGGUGCUGGAGAUGAACCCGGUGCCAUCUCAGUCCGCGGUGGCGCUGCGGGCCCUGGAGCGGAAACGGAAGAAGGAGCGGAGGAAGGAGGAGAAGCAGCGCCUGCGGGAAGCGGGGGGCCACCCCGCCACACCAGCCCCUGCCACACCUGUGCCCGCGUCCUCGGGGGCCACGCUGGCCCUGGACUACCUCUCUGGCUGGGCCCAGAAGCACCAGAAGUGGAAGUUCCAGAAGACACGGCAAACAUGGCUCCUGGUCCACAUGUAUGACAGCAACAAGGUUCCUGAUGAGUACUUUCCUACCCUGCUGGCCUACCUGGAGGGGUUGAAGGGCCAGGCCCGAGAGCUGACUGUGCAGAAGGCUGAGGCCCGGAUGCAGGAGCUAGACGCGGUGGGGGCUGGUGGCCCAGACGCCCUCCUGCUGGGGCAGGCCCAGCGUAUACGGCAGGUGCUUCAGCUGCUCUCCUAG